AUGCCCUGGGGACGAGGUCGGGAGUUUAUGUUACGUCGAAAUAUCAAACAGCAAUUCAUUCUACCUGCAUCCAAGGGGGGAUUAUAUGAGAGGUUGGUGCGCUCUGUAAAACUAUGCUUAAAGAAAACCUUACUAAAGACCCUUGUCACGUACGAUGAGUUUGCUACAGUGUUAUGCAAGAUCGAGCACGCGAUCAAUCAAAGACACCUAAUUUAUGUUAGCGAUGACUUAUUUAAUUUAUAUUUAUCUCGUCGCAUGAACGAUUGUCACAUAGAUAUACCCUUUUGUUCCUACCCAAGCGAUUGUUCCAUCAGAACAAAGCAUAUGCGGAAAUUAUUCCAUGGCAUAUGGGACAGAUUUUAUGAUUCGUAUUUGAUCGAAUUGCGAGAACACAAACUUCAGCGUAAAUCUCACUUUGGUAAAAGUAACAACAACACACCCCGCGGACAGUGGAGAAUCGGUAGGUUCGAUAAACUCGUGGUUGUUCGAGAUGACAUUGUCAGGGAAGCCGAACUUUCGCUUACUUUAAAGGACGGCAAAGCUACGGGCCGCGAGACGUUUUCAAAAACUCAUACGGUUUGA